AUGGCUAGGAGCCGACCUCAUUGGCGUUCGUGCUCUGACGUGUAUGAUGAUGAUGAUGAUGAUGAUGAUGAUGAUGAUGAUGAUGAUGAUGAUGAUGAUGAUGAUGAUGAUGAUGAUGAUGAUGAUGAUGAUGAUGAUGAUGAUGAUGAUGAUGAUGAUGAUGAUGAUGAUGAUGAUGAUGAUGAUGAUGAUGAUGAUGAUGAUGAUGAUGAUGAUGAUGAUGAUGAUGAUGAUGAUGAUGAUGAUGAUGAUGAUGAUGAUGAUGAUGAUGAUGAUGAUGAUGAUGAUGAUGAUGAUGAUGAUGAUGAUGAUGAUGAUGAUGAUGAUGAUGAUGAUGAUGAUGAUGAUGAUGAUGAUGAUGAUGAUGAUGAUGAUGAUGAUGAUGAUGAUGAUGAUGAUGAUGAUGAUGAUGAUGAUGAUGAUGAUGAUGAUGAUGAUGAUGAUGAUGAUGAUGAUGAUGAUGAUGAUGAUGAUGAUGAUGAUGAUGAUGAUGAUGAUGAUGCUGAUGAUGAUGAUGAUGAUGAUGAUGAUGAUGAUGAUGAUGAUGAUGAUGAUGAUGAUGAUGAUGAUGAUGAUGAUGAUGAUGAUGAUGAUGAUGAUGAUGAUGAUGAUGAUGAUGAUGAUGAUGAUGAUGAUGAUGAUGAUGAUGAUGAUGAUGAUGAUGAUGAUGAUGAUGAUGAUGAUGAUGAUGAUGAUGAUGAUGAUGAUGAUGAUGAUGAUGAUGAUGAUGAUGAUGAUGAUGAUGAUGAUGAUGAUGAUGAUGAUGAUGAUGAUGAUGAUGAUGAUGAUGAUGAUGAUGAUGAUGAUGAUGAUGAUGAUGAUGAUGAUGAUGAUGAUGAUGAUGAUGAUGAUGAUGAUGGUGAUGGUGAUGGUGAUGAUGAUGAUGAUGAUGAUGAUGAUGAUGAUGAUGAUGAUGAUGAUAAUGGAGGUAUUUCCAACUUUCCCGUACGUACAAACGACUGUAAACUGGGCGGAGGAAGUGCACACUAAAGCCGCUAGGCCUUGAACAGUUUAAUCCAAUGAAUGUGAUUUGGUCCUCUACAUCUCUAAUUUAAAUUUCACAUAAAGUACUACGCCUCCGCCUUAACGACCAACACGGCGAUCAAUUAUAAGCAGUGCGUAGCCAGAUUGGCCUACUUCACCCUCCAUAAUAUCCGGGUACAGCCGUAUUUCAUUGAAAGCGAGUAUGUCGGGACGAGAUUUCUC